AUGUUGAACAGCUCUGAAGUGUUGCCAACUGAUGGAGCUACGCGAAAAGCAUCGGAGGAAGCGUAUGAAGCCGAACUGGCCGCCUUGGAGACGUCGAGGAGUCAGAAAAGCAUUUCGGCGGGUCAGAAGAUACGAAAGAAGCUGCGGCGAAACUGGUCACUCACCAAGAGCGACAUCAAGGAGGGAAUCAACAGAAUCCGCAAGAAAAGCACUUCCGCCGGCCCCAUUCCGCCGUUCAGUACCUUCUCGUCCACGAGCGAGUUGGACCAAAAUCAAGAGUCACCUGCUAAUGGACGAGAUGCCCGAGGAGUGAACCGCGUCUCUGCGCCGGUCGGCGUGCCCAAGAAGACUAAUUGGUCGCUCAAAAGUCAUUUCAAGAAGAAAUCCAUGUCGGCGACGAGUCUCAAGAAUGGCACCUCUGAUCGGAAGGAGACAUCCAUGUUUUACCUCACCUUAUCCAUCAAAUCCGAUGACAAGGAAGAAAGCAACUUGGCGACCACAAACGCAACAGCGAGGGCGUCUUGUCCGAGUCUGCCUGAAAAUGUGGAACCCCCACGAAGGAGGCGAUCCGAUGCGGAUUCGGAGAGUGCUCGGUCGAACUCCAGCGGGGCCAACGACACCGGCAUCUACAGGAUCCAGAGCCCAUCCGGUGACAGCAAUUCCUCGUCGUCGUGUUACGGAAGUUCCGGCGGAAGCAAUGCCUCCGUCGGAAUGCCGAGGCCUCAUUCAAAAUCCCGUCCGACGAACCGAUUGUCGAGCCAGUCAAUCGCGAGGCCGAAGAUUGCUCCUCCUGAUCCACCCACUGAUUUUCGGGUGCCUGAGCUUUUGAGUCUCAUCAGUCCUCGAAAGUUCAUCACGGAUUUGUGCUCUCCCGAGUCCCGACGGAAUUACAAAACGCCUUGGACGGGAGCUUCACCUCGGCGGUCAGUGGAGAACAGCUGGUCAGCCGAGUCAUCCGGCGGCGGAUCCACUCGAGAAUUGAUCAGCGUCCGGAAAUCCCCGUCGCCCAGCGCGUCGGAAAACGUGGACCAGCAAAAGGCGCCCUUGUCGGAGACCAAACGGCGGUUUUCCUCGACAGAAUCCGAGCAUUCUCCCGCCACAUGUUUCAUUAAAAGAUUUUUUCCAUACGGAAUACACAGAGCUUCACCUCGGCGGUCAGUGGAGAACAGCUGGUCAGCCGAGUCAUCCGGUGGCGGAUCCACUCGAGAAUUGAUCAGCGUCCGGAAAUCCCCGUCGCCCAGCGCGUCGGAAAACGUGGACCAGCAAAAGGCGCCCUUGUCGGAGACCAAACGGCGGUUUUCCUCGACAGAAUCCGAGCCACAGUCCCAACACGAUCGCCGACUCUCCUUCGUCGGCAGCCACCCGUGCCAUAGAUACAGCGCCGACGAUGCGACGACGCAACCGCCGCUGUCCUCAGUGUCGUCCGUGUCGUCGGCGUCUCUCGUAGCCGCCGCGAAUCGGAAAAUGCAAAACAAGGAGGGUUCGAGACACGGGCCGACGCAGCGUCCUCCGCCGCCGCCGUUUGGUGUUCGCUUCGUGGACCCGCCGCCGCAGCCGCCGCCGUCGCCUGUCAAAUACGACAGACCGCCGCCUUUUGCGAAUCGUAAUGAAGUUUCUAGCGAACCGCCGCCCCUGCCUCCGGUGCCACCAACGCUUCGAGGGCGUCCUGUAGUCAAGAAGCCGCCGACUGCCCCGGCGCCUGUUCCUCAGAAGACGCGUGGAUUUAAACAGCAGGAUGUCGUAGAAGAUAGUCAUUACAUGAGUCCGACUGGAAUCUUCGCUGGUUUUGAGGAAGACUCGUACGUCAGUGCGCAGUUGGCGGACGAACCGCUUUAUCAGUUCUACACCGCUACAGUUCAUGAAGCCCAAGAAGGUUGGAAAACUACUGGUCAAGAUCAGUGA